UGGGCUAUGUCAGGCUCCUUCCCUGUAUAUGACUCAUAUUCAAAAUGCACGGAGGAAUGUGUCUCAAUGGUAUCUUACUGUGUCGGCACAUCACCGUUAAUCGUGUGCCAGCUCAAUAUUGUGGUAUUCCUGGCAUGCAUCUUCCUCGCAGUUUGCACAGGCGUCGCGAUACCCAUGGUAUGCCUGCUAUGUUACGUGGCCAGUUGGUGCACCGAAGCAAAACAAACACGGCGACGUCGCCGCGGUUCCGACGAAGAAACAGUGAAACUGAAUCCUCGAAGUGUUCAAGGUAUGAUACAUUCGAUGCUCCAUCGUAUGCCUUCUCUGGCUCUAUUAGGUCGGAAGACGGCCCAGCUAGGACAUUAUAAAGGCUCAGAGAUUGUACCGUGUGUAUCCUCGGACGAGUUUUACCGGCAAUAUAGGGGCUGCACCGAUCACUAA